AUGCCUUGCAUUCUUAAAGUGAGAAUAUCUGGUAUAAGAGACUUUAAUACCUUUGAAAAAUCAGAAUUAGAUUCAUUUAAAUAUAUUGAAGUUACCUUAGGAGAAACAAAGCAAAGAACAAAAUUUAAUAUCAAUAGAAGUACGAAUAAUUUAAAUUUGUCCUUUCGAUUGGAAAUUGCCGAUGAUUCGGAGCUACAAACAAACCCACUUAAAAUAAUAAUAGAUGAUGCAGAAAAUAUAAAUAAUGGUUACAUACAAAUAGAUUUAAGUUUUUUUUAUUUUCAUGAUAAUUUAAAACUAGAAGGAUGGUUUCCAUUAUAUGAUUCGCUAGCUGGACUUAAAGGCGAAUUGUAUUGUAUAAUAAAAUGGGAAUUCUUCGAGGAAAAAAAUCCGUACAAUGAGAACAGUUCUGACGUUUUAUUGCUAGGUACUACGUUCUUCCCAAAUAAUUCCCCUUAUUACAUUGAACAAAUAAUAGACUUUGCAAAUGAACUUAAAAUUGUAAACGACCCCGAAUAUGAUUGGAAGGACUUAAUUCGAUCAAACAGAAACUCUAAUGAGGCAAGGUGUGACGUUAUACAAAAUUCGUUUAUGCAAACUAGAAAGCUCAUAGGAAAAAAGGCUAAACUCCUGGGGGGAAAUGCAAUAUUAGGUUAUCAAGAACACUUGAAUUUAGAAGGGAGCACAACAAAUAAAAUAUGUAUUCGUAUCACAGGAACUGUUGUCAAAUUAGGAAUAAAGAAUUUGAAUGAAAUGAAUAAUAUCAAUAUUAAUCAGAAUAGUACCAUAAAAAAUAUUUUAAGAAAUAAUGAAUUUUUUUUCGAGAAUAGUAUGGAGAGAAAUAAAGAUAUGAAAUAUAAUAAAAGGGAAAGUUUACAACCAAAUGCAUCGUAUAAUUUCGUUGAUGUAAUGUUGCUCACAUUGGAUUCGUUACCAGAUAAUAUAAAAUAUACUUAUGGUGGACUGGUUGCAUCAAAGGCUGUUAAAAUUUUACAUCCAAGGCUCACAGAAGAACAAAGAGAUGAGUGGUUAUUAGAAAUAAGGGACGAGCUCAAAUCGAACGCUAAAUUUUUGUCCUGUAACGUUGUUCUAGGUUACAAAGAAGACACGUACAUAUUUAGCGAUGUAAUAGUUUUAUUUUGUUAUGGAACAGCAAUAAAUAUAUUACCCUCCUUUUUUUACGAUGAAAGAAUUAUAUCUUUCAUAAAUAAAGAUGUACCUAAGUCAAAUAUGUUUAAAAGCAAUUCAAAUAAUUCUCAUAAGAAUGUAAAUUGUAUUUAUUUACACUCUGCCUCGGAUGAAAAUGAAAAUAACAAAGUUCCAUGCAGGGUGUGUAAGGAAUCCUUUGUUCCUAAAAUUUACAUAUCUUCGGCUGUUAUACCGCAAGAUUUGCCCUUAAUAGGAAACGGGUUUUUAAUAUCCGCGUUUGUUAUUUAUCCUUUGAAGAAACACUACGGGGAAUACUUGGCCUCAGAAAUAAGUGAAAUAUUACCCUUUCUGGAAUUAAAUUUACACAAACAAAUAAUCUGCAAGUUACUAGUAAACGGAUUUAACAGUAUUUUUGACUAUAAUUUAAAGUUAUGUUUUAAUCAGAAUUAUUUGUUUGGUUAUUGUUAUGGUACGGGAAUGUGCACUUACGGAAUAUAUUCUGAUAAUAAAUUUUUAAUUAAGUCUAAUUAUAAAGAUAAUUUUUAUAUAAGAAACAAAUGUAUUGGUGCUCUUGAAUUAAAAGGUAUAUAUGACAAUAUUAACUAUCGAUCCUUUUUUUGUAAAAACAAAAGUUUAAUUUCACCUGUGUAUCUAAGGGGAGAUAUAAUUUAUAACAACGACCUAAGUAAGGAAAAAAAUAAUAAACAAUCAUAUUAUAAUAUGAACAAUAAAAGGAGUAAAGAGAAUUCGGAGUUUUAUAAUUCUGAAAUAAAUGCAAUAAAUGAUAUUAUGAACAGUUAUGAAAAUGAAGGAGGGAAAAAAAAAGUUCAAAGGCAAAAAAAAUAUCAUCAGGAAAAUGAUGAAAAUGGUGCAUAUAAAGGAAAUAAUGGAAAGUAUGAAGAAGAUGAUAACCGUGAACAACUAGAAAAAAAUGAUGGAGAAAAAAAUGAUGGAGAAAAAAGUGAUGGAGAAAAAAAUGAUGAAGGAGGAAAAAAAGGUGAAGGAGAAAAAAAAGAUGAACAAGAAGAAGAACAAAUCCAACUUGAUGAAGAUGAGCAUAAUGAUAGGGGAUCGAACAAAAAUCCUUCCAGGGAGACAUAUAACAAAAUUAUAAAUAAUAAUUACUUUAGACUAAAAGAAAUUUAUAUGAAAGAAGAAAGUGAUUUAUUAAAUGAAAAUAAUGAUAAAAAUAAACAUGGAGAUUUUUAUAACAUAAAAAGUGACGAUCUUAAUAAUUCAAAUAUUGGAGUACGACAAAGAAAAAGGAAAAAAAAAAAAAAAGAAAAAAUUAAAGCAAAAAGAAGAAAAAAUAAAGGAUAUGUAUACGAAGUAGAAGAUCAUCUAGAUAAUAUUACAUUAUUUAAUAUAUAUGAAGAUAAUAUUGCUUUAUAUAAUUAUGUAUUUAAUUUAGAUGUUAAAAAUUUCCUUUACAAAAAGGGAUUAUUAGACAAUUCUUACAAAAUAGGAAAAAACAAUCAACUUGAAAAUAAAAAUAAUAAUAAUAAUAAUAAUAUUAUUAUGAAUAAUUUGAAUGCACCAUGUCUAAUUAAUUCGGUAUCAUCUGAAAGAAUUAUGAACACGGAGUACCAGCAUGGUACUCAAAAAUGUGUAAAUAAUAUUAAAAAUGAUAUUAACGAAAAAAGGUAUAAUGAUCAUGAUGAUCAUAUUGUUAAUGUUCAACAAGAAAAUCAUAUCUCACAUGUAUUUAAUAAGAAGCUAUUUGAAAAACAUAUAUACAAUGGAUCUCAUCCAAAUGAAAAAAGGCAUUCACUCCAAAAUGAUUUACAAGAAUCUAAUGAUAAAAUUGUCAAAAGCUCAAGCAAUAAUGAUUAUUCAUUUGAGAGUACAAUAAGAAAUGAAAUAGAUAAAUUAGAUAAUGAUGAUGAUAAUAAUAAUACAAAUAAAUGGAAUGAAAUAAAGAAGAGAAAAAAAAAAUCCAAAAGAGAAAAAAAUAAAAUAAUAGAUAAUUCAUUUCAAAAUCAAGAAGCAGAAGAUGACAAGAACAAUAAUAAUAAUGACAAUAAUAAUGAAAAUAAUAAGGAUAAUAAUAAUGACAAUAAUAAUGACAAUAAUAAUGACAAUAAUAAUGACAUUAAUAAUGACAAUAAUAAUGACAAUAAUAAUGACAUUAAUAAUGACAUUAAUAAUGACAAUAAUAAUGACAAUAAUAAUGACAAUAAUAAUUACAAUAAUAAUAACAUUCACAAUAAUCACAAUAAUAAUAACAUUCAUAAUAAUAACUACAAUUACUAUAAUAAUGAUAAUAUAAAUUUAUAUAACGAGAUGACAAAAAAAAAAUGUAUGCUUGAUAAUAAUUAUACAAAAUAUUUCUUUUAUAUAUUUACUCUAGAUAUGUUACCAAGCAUAAAAUUUGAAACAUUCUAUGAGAAAAAUAACGAUCACAAAAAUUUCCAUGAAAAUUAUAAAUUUUAUUACAACACCGAUGAUGAUACAGAUAUAAAUGGAAUAAAAAGAAAAAACGUCAAAAAUAAAAAAAAAAAUGGAAACAUUUUGAUUAAAAAUUAUAUUAAUCAUAAUGAAUACAAUUAUUUAGAAUAUAAUGAAAAUAAGAAUUAUGAAAUAAAUAAAAAGGAGAAGUUACUUACUGAAAAUAAUGAAUAUGAUAUGUAUAUAAAAGAUAAUAUACAUUAUAAUGAUUAUAGUGAUGGUGAUGGAAAGCAAACAAAAAAAGCGUCCUCUUUUUUAUAUAAUAAUAAGUAUAAAAAAGAAAAUAAUAAAACACAGAUUAUAAGUUAUAUAGAUCAUGUGGAUAAUGAGAAUGGUGUGAAGGGCUUGAAAAAGCAAAACUUAUUUUAUAAUAACAGCGAUCAAUUAUAUAACUUUGAUGUGAAAGAUAAUGAUAUGAUAAAGUAUGAGAAAAGACAAUCAAACAAUUUUGUUGAAGAACAAUUUAUUAAUGGGAAUAGGAAAAUUGAAAACGAAGAUAAGCAUUUAAAGAAACAUUAUGAUGAGAAUGAUAUAAAGAAAAAAAAAAGGAAAAAAGAAAAAGAAGAAAAACAACAAAAAAGUAAAAGUAAAAAUACAUAUUUAAAUAAUUUAUCCAGAAGUUAUAUUUAUUUAAUUAAAAGAAUAAAUUUAUUUUCUGAAAAUAAUAAUGAAGUAGAUAUAAUUUAUGAAAAGAUAAAUAAAGCAUUUAUAGAUUUAUAUAAUAUUUUUAUAUUCUAUAUAUUUAUUCAUAAUUUAUUCCCAUGUUGUAUAUGUAGUAUAAGAUUACAUUUUUCAUUCAUAUCUUUUGAUAUAUUAGAAAUUAUGUUAACAGGACAUUUAAUAAAAGUUAAAAAUAAUAAUGCUAUUAAUUUAGAAUUACAAAAUAUGAAUAAGUCAGUACAAGAAAAUUUAUUAAAACAUUUUUUUAAACAUUUAGAAAAUUAUUAUAUAGAAAAAUCAGAGCUAUUCAAUUAUACAAAUAUGUUUUCAAAUCAUAUAGAUAAAAUCAUUUUAAAAAGAAAAACGAAAAGCGAUAUUUCUCAAUUUGGUUAUGUGACUAAACGAAGAACAAGUAUGAUGAAAAGUCAAAGAAAUAUAUGGACUUUUCUUUUUACAAAAAUUUUCCAUUCUCCACUUUUUAAUUUUACUUCCAAAAUAAAAAAUUUAUUUUUUAAAAAAAACAAAAACAAAAACAAAAACAACCAAAUCAAAAAUAAAAACAAAAACAAAAACAAAAACAAAAAAACACAAACACAAAUACAAAAAGAAAUAGAGAAAGAAAAAGAAAAAGAAAAAGAAAAAUACAAACAAAAAAAAAAUAAUAACAAUAAUAAUAAUAUUAAAAGUCCUAUCCAUAAAAAUAUCGAUUCCAAAGAAAUAGAAAAACAAAAUAAAAAAAAAAAUAAAUUACAAUUAUUACUUAAAAAACAUGAUAAAAAAAAUGUGCAUCCAUCACAAAUUAAUAAUAAUAUUAAUGAUAGUAUAUUCUUAUUUGAUCAAUUAAAAAAUUAUAUUAUUUUAGAAAAUCGUAAAAUCUUUUUUGAAAAUCAUAUGGAAAAUGAAUUUUCUUCAAUAAUUAUUACACCUUUAAAUGUAUUACCUCAUGUUAUUAUUAAAAAAUAUUUUGGUGUUAUUUCAUUACAUAUAGUUAAAGAAAAUAUCAACUUGAAAAAGUUCGAUUUUUUUUAUCAAAGUCUUAUAUCAGAUAUAUUAUUUAUAGCAAAAUCUCAUAUCAAAAAUAUUGGAGCUAAUUUAAUUUCCUCAUUUAAAAUAACCAACUUGUUUUUAAGGGAAGAAAAAUCACAUGGCUAUGCCCUCAUAAGUAUAUGCGGGGACGUCGCCAAGUUUUGA